AUGUCGCUUCCCAAUGCGCCAGCUCAGCCCGGCCCGUCCAAGGUCGCCAUUCCAAAGCUCGUUCAAACGAGAACUGACGCGCCUCGAAAAGCUGUUGUCAGCCGUCUGAACAGAGUCAAUCGAGCCUGUCUGAGUUGCCGCUCCCGCAAAAUCAAGUGCAAUGGCGCAAAACCCACCUGCUUCAACUGCAAGGAGAGUGUCACGUCCUGUGUCUACGCUUCCAGCCGGAAAGACCGUCUCAAAACGUUGGUCAUGGCCGCUCUCGCAACGGGCCAAAAUCAGGACAUGAUUGAGCUCCUCAAGGAGCUUCGAGAGCAAGUCUCGGGCCAGGGUCAGGACAAGAUAGACGAACUACUUCUAUCUCGUAAUGACAUUGAACAGGUUGUCGAAGACGUUGCUGACGCAUCCGCGAGCCUGCAAAAGAACUCCAAUAGACACGAUGACACAGAAGGUGAUCAGGACGAUGAUCAGGAACCAGCCGCCAACACUCGCGCCGAUACUGGAAACUCUGCAGACCAAGAUUUACCAGACGGAGACGCGCACGCUACACGACGCGCCAGCAGACCGUUCGAAACGGCAUGGAAUCACAUGCUACGGUCACAUCCAUCAAGCGAGUCCCAACUCUCCAGCGAGCAGGCUGGCGCAUGGUCAUCGUCUAGUCUUAAAUAUCGGCCGAUGACACCAACAUCAGCUCCUAUGCAGACCAACAAGCUGAGCUUCUUCCUGGACGAUGAGCCAUUUGAGAUGGACCACGAUCUAGACCCAUUUGAGCUACCCCCCUUGCAAGAUGCAGAGCGUUUACUCGUAACAUACAUGGACAGCUGCCACGAAUCCUUUCCAUUCCUGGCAAAAAAGCCUUUCACCCAACAAUUUUACCACUGUAUGUAA